ACGACCAAUCGGCAUUUCGCAACAGAAGGAGGGCUGUCGAGAGAGGGAACCCAAGUUCCUAUGUGGCAUAAUAUCUUUGGAUCUCACAGGCUGUUUGCAACGAAGACAUCAUGAACGUUUCAAACUUGUGUGUCUUAACGGUAACUGUGAUUUGUAUGGUGCUAGCUUGGAGUGAACCUUCCAAAGCCUGUGGUUCGUGUACAUGUAGCAACGGAGUUGUCAUGUCGUGCCCAAACAUUGUCCAAAUUUCUUUGCGCUCUAGCGGUUUGACGAAUCUCAGUGGCUCAGCAUUUCAGAAUAACAAGAUCGUUACGAACAUAGAUUUGUACGGUAAUCAACUUGUUCACCUACCUGCCGGUCUGUUCAAAGCCACAACCAAAUUACAAACCCUAAAUUUGAGGUAUAAUCUACUGGUUGACCUACCUGACGGGCUGUUCAAAGCCACAACCGAAUUACAAACCCUAGAUUUGGAUGAUAAUCCACUUGUUCACCUACCAGCCGAACUGUUUAAUGCCACAACCAAAUUGGAAAACCUAUAUUUGAGCCGUGUACAAUUGGAUUACCUACCUGCCGGGCUGUUCGACGCCAUAACCAGAAUAAAGGUCAUGUAUUUCUGGGGUAAUAAAUUUGAUCACCUACAUGCCGGGCUGUUCAAAGCGACAACCGAAUUAGAAUCCCUAUAUUUCGUGAGGAAUCAACUUGUAGACCUACCUGACGGGCUGUUCAAAGCCACAACCAAAUUAGAAACCCUAGAUUUGAAAGAGAAUCAACUUGUUCACCUACCUGUCGGGCUGUUCAACGCCACAACCAAAUUACGAAAGCUGUAA